AUGUCGUUGAGUACAUUCGACCCGAACCAAGCCCAAAAUCUACCAGAAAUCGAAAAGCAGAUCGCCGUACGCUGCGUGGAGCAUGCUCAGACGUACUGGAGCCUCUUGCAAAAAGUCCGUGGCUCGGCUCUUCGUCUGACCAAACUCGACAACGACAUUUACUCCGACUUUGAGCAGACGUUCCCGGAACUGGCCUCGUCGGAUGAUGCCAUUCGUAAGAUUGACGAGGACGCAAUGAAGAGCCCUGCUGGCAAGGAAAAAUGGCGGAACUUUAUCAUGAAGUACGAAAAGACGGUGGCUGAUUACAACUUUGGCACGCUCAUUCGUACAGAUGCAUCGGAUGAAUACACACAAGACAAUACCAUCUUUUUGACGCGUUUCCAAUUUUAUGUCUUUGAGAUUGCCCGUUGCCGCCGCGGCAUGAACGACUGGGUAUUUCACCAAGCGCGCAAAGAAAAGAGUGAGAACGCCGCCAAGUAA